UUUGUCCAUAAUGGCAAGAGAAUGACAUAAGAUCUUCGAGCUAAGAUUAAAAAAUAUUCACCUGAAGUGUACAAGGGGAUUUCAUCUGAGUUCCCGAUCGCAAAACCGCCGAUGGACUGAGAUCUGGCAAGUUGAACCGAUUAUCAACAGCCUUCAAACAAUUUUCCCUAGUCAAACAACUCUCUGACUAACUCGAAGUUCGCUGAAAGACCACUUUUUUGGAAGAAAUUCCUUUGAGAAUCUUCAAUAUCGCUCCCAAACGCAAUCGACAAUGAACACAGAAUACAUCUUAAUGAAAGACAGUCAAUUGGACAGGCAUGAGAGGGUUUUUACUCGAUGGAUUAAUCUUCAAUUAGCAAAAGCGAAUCCUCCGGUAAGAGUCUCUAACCUUGUCAACGGAUCGAAAGAUGGGAAAGUUUUACUCACACUUGUUGAAGUACUUCUUGGAAUCAAAGUUUUGAGAGACACGAAAAACAGCCGCAUAGCUAACAUUAAAAGUAUCCAGGAGGCUAUGGGACACUUGGCUAGAAACAAGGUCCGAACAGGAAGCGUUACAGCCAGCGAGAUUGUAUCCGGUGUUCAGCGGGCUACGAUAAGCUUGGUGUGGAGUAUCAUCUUUCAAUUUCAGGUAAUCAAGGCGAUUCAACCCUCUCAAACAGAUUAUGGAGUCGAUCAAAAGCUUCUAGGAUGGUGUCAAUAUCAGCUGAAAGGAUACAAAAGUAAAGUAGAAGUGACUAACCUAACCACGAGCUGGAUGGAUGGUUUAGCAUUUAAUGCGCUCCUUCACUCUUUCAACCCAUCUCACUUUAACUUUGAUGCAAUAUCAGCAAGUGACGGGGAGAAACGUCUUGCAAAUGCCCUUAACCUGGCCACUGAAAAUUAUGGAGUACCUCCCAUUUUUGACUUGGAAGAUUUUGGAAUCGAAACACCAGAUAAAAAUAUGAUAACGCUUUUCUUAUCAUAUUUGUAUCAAUUCACGAGGAGCGGAGCAUUAUCGGUCGAGAGUUUUGAAACAUUCAGGAAACAAACAUCAUCUGAAGUAAAAACGGAAUACAAAGUACAGACCUUUUCCACACGGUAUGAAACGUCAAGUUCGCGUGCUACAACUUAUGAUGUCAGAACGACAAGCACUACUCAUCAAGGAAAGAAUGAUAGUGUCUUCUAUGAAAACCAAUCUGUGGGAAAUGAACGAGUUCUUCAUGUGACUGGUUUCCCUUCAUCGAUUCAGAUACAAGGGCGAAAAGGUUUUGUUGUGUCACCGUUUCGAAAACCCUCGGGCAGUUCAUCCAGAAAUUCAUCGAGAGCCUCAAGUCCAGACUCUAAGGAGCUCAAAGACGAACCUCUAACGUUCACAUCGUCACCUCAAAUGUCAUGGAAUGAAUCAUACGAGUACAAGGUCGCCACCAGAAAUGUCACAUCAGAUAGUCACGUAACAUCCACUUCCAGCACUAACAUGUUAUCGUCUCAAAGUAGCGAAGAUGAUUCUGCCAGAGUGGAUAAAUUAAUCAGCAUGGUUCAGAAUGGUCAAACGCAUGAAAACCAUAAAGAGGUGGUACCUGGCGAUGUCAAAAGCGACUCAGAGAAGCGUAUUACCUAUACAGUAGAGAAGAGGACAGAGCGAGCUCCAGUUGUGAACAUAGAAACUGAAGAGACAGUUGUUGAUGAGAUAGUGAAAAAGACAAUUGGCACGGUAGAGGAUGAACAAGAAAGAGAGAGAAGUGGUAAAAGUGACGCCGAGAUUGAUGCAAAAGAAGGUGAUGGCUCCAACAAGGUCGCAGCUACUCCUGAGAAAGAUAGAAAGGGAGAGGCGCUCCACGAAAACACAACACUGCCUGACGGCAGAACAAAUAAAACCAGAGAGGUUUUGUUGGUAUCUACUGCACGUAUCUCUGGUGAGGAAAAUCCAAAGAAAACAGAACCCGAUGGACGGGCGUCUUGGCUCUCCGUUAGCACUGAAGAUGAUGGCGAACAGUCUUCUGAUGCUAGCCUGGUUCAUUAUUUUAGAUAUGACAAGGAUGAGUCCAGUCCUCCCAGAUACCUGACCCAAAUUCAGAUCAAUUUGGGAGGACAAAGAGAAAAUAACGUCGGCUCCACAGCUGGCUCAAUCAACUUUGUGGACUACCUGAAGAGGAAAUUAGACGCCGUUGAUCGAGAUUUAUUUGACAUCGAGUACGGUGCAGGACAGUCGGACAAAGAAUCAAUGGACUUACAGACCACGAAAAAAGCGUUGGACCAACACAAGGACGUUCUGCUUGAGUUGGAGUCGGUUGAGGCCCAUACUUAUGAUGUUCUAGAGGAGGGUAAAAAUCUGGUCAACGAAAAAUGCUUUGAUAGUUCGCAUGAGGAAUACUUUAGUGAUAGAAUGGAGGCAACAGAAGGAAAACUGAAGAGGACUGAGGAAGUCGUGAAUAAGGAGCAUCAAAGGUUGUUCGACCUGUAUGUAAUUUUGCUCAAUCAGCACUUGGAGCGGAUGAAUGAUUGGCUUGUCCGUGCCGAGUCCCGGAUGGCCUUAGAUGAUGACGUGGAGCCAACAUACGAAGGAGUAAACCUUCAAAUCGUCAAUCAUAAGACAUUCCAGGAAGACUUGUCUAAUCAUUCCAUGGUGAAUAUGAUACUUGAUAUGGACAUGGAAGAUCCUGCUAUAGAUGAAACCAUUCGGGACUGGGUCAAACAGGUUUUGAGUGAACGUUGGGCUGCAGUGUGGACGUGGGCAGAAGAAUGGAAAGAGAAGCUUUACAAAGCCCUUAUCGACUGGAAUAAACUUCGCGAAGAAGAGACUGUUCUAUUGUCCUGGUUGUCAAGUAAAGAGCAAACCAUGGAUGUUAUUGGCCAAACGGAUAUCACAGAUGAGGCACAAGUGAAAAUGCACUUGAAUUUGCUAGAGACAUUAGAGCGCGAAAUGGAUGCACAAGGCACGCGACUGGAAUCUCUCCACCAAAUUGGAGAAGAACUCAUAAGAGAUGCUGACUACCACAAUUCUACCGCUAAAGCAAUCUGGGACCAAUUGGAAGACUUUGAUGAAUGCUGGAAAGCGAUUAGCAACUCAGUCAAGGAGAGGAAAGCAGUGCUUCAAGAUACCCAAAGUAAGGUGAAACAGAUGGGGGACUUGAUGAAAGAAGUUCGAGCCUGGAUGGACGAGGCCGAAAAAUUAAUCAAAUUUAUUCGAUUACAAAGUGACCCUGAGAAGGAAACCAAAAUCCAAGAAAAGAUAGAGCUUAAAUGUGAGGAAAAAGACAGAAACCAGCUCAAAGUCGACGAGAUCAAUCGCUUAGAGGAAGAACUAAGCGCAAACAUCGAUAAGAGGUCCAAUUACUACAUGAAAAGAGUCACCAAGCCAUUCAAAAAACGCUGGGACGACACAAGAAUUGCCCUCGACAGAUUUCGUAAUGAUGACUACCCGUUUGUCAAGCCUGACGACUGCUUCCUCGUUAAAUGUUUAAAGAAGGCCCUCGUAGUUAACUGAAUAGAUUCCUGGUGUCCUUAAAAUCCAAAGUGACGAUAAGGCAUGAUGUGUGAUGCUUUACGCACCAGCUCUCUUUAAAAUAGCCACGCUUAUUUUUAAAGCACCAUUCAUGUAAAUGAACCAAAGAAAAAGUGGAUUUGGAUCCUUCCAUGGCAGAGGAAGGGAAGGAGUCCCGUUAAUUGACUCGGCAAAACGUUCCCCAUUUAAUUCAGUUUAAGAGGCUUGACACAUCAGCAAUCCACUGCAGAAAAUACGAGUUGGCUCAGUGUUCGAGCUUUAGUUAACAUUAGGUUUCAAAAAAACCAUGGAGAUGAUUAAACUUUCUAUUCUGCCAAUCAGAGA